AUGGGUGAACCGCAGACCUUACACAAAACCUGCGUGCGGGUUAACUCCGCUGACGACGAGGAGUCCAGGGACGAAGUCGACCAUGACCUGCCAAAGAAGAACCCUUUUAUACGGGGUUCCGACCCUCGGGUGGCGACGUGUCGCGGUCGCCUACAGACACGCCGUUGCCAACUCAACCAGGAGAUCAAUAAGGAGUUGCGGCUGCGAGCUGGUGCCGAGAAUCUGUUCAAGGCGACAACGAACAGGAAACUCCGCGAAACGGUAGCCCUCGAACUGAGCUUCGUCAACUCCAACCUCCAGCUGUUGAAGGAGCAACUGGCCGAGCUCAACUCCUCGGUGGAACUGUACCAGAGUGACAGCAAAGAAUGCGUGAUGCCGAUGAUACCACUUGGACUGAAAGAGACGAAAGAAAUCGACUUCAGGGAACCGUUCAAGGACUUCAUCCUGGAGCAUUACAGCGAGGACGCGGCGGCAUAUGAGGACGCCAUCUCUGAUUUCAUGGACUUGAGACAGGCAAUAAGAACACCAGUCCGGUCGACCGUAGGCGUGGCCCUUCUGUUUAAGUACUACAACCAGCUUUACUUCAUCGAGCGCCGUUUUUUCCCGCCCGAUCGGUCGCUGGGCGUCUAUUUCGAGUGGUUCGAUUCUUUAACAGGGGUGCCAUCCUGUCAACGAACGGUGGCUUUCGAGAAAGCCUGCGUGCUGUUCAAUAUGGCCGGCAUCUACACACAAAUUGGCGCCAAACAGGAGCGUAAGACGUGCGCGGGGCUGGACGGCGCGGUGGACGCGCUGCUGCGGGCGGCGGGUACGCUGCGCUACAUCCACGAGAACUUCACCAACGCGCCCUCUGUCGACCUGGCUGCCGACACCUUGCUCGUUCUCGGACUCCUCAUGACGGCGCAAGCUCGCGAGUGCCUGUUCGAGAAGCUGCAGCUGCAGGCUCGGGAGGCGUGCGGGGGGCGGGAGCAGGCGCUGCACGCCGACCUGGACAUGUGCCUCGACCUCGCGCAGGAGAGCGCGCAGCUCGCGCACGUGUACACGCAGCUCUACGAGAAGAUGCAGACCGAAGGUGUUUUUAAUUACGUGCCAUACUCGUGGGUUUCAUUGGUCCACGUCAAGACUGAAUUUUACAAAGCGCUGGCGCACCAGUACUGCGGCGCGGCGCUGCUGCAGAGCGCCGGCGGGCAGCGCGCGCGCGACCGCCUCGCCGCGCUGCACGCCCCGCCCGCCGCGCCCCCCGCGCACCCGCACGAGCAAGAGUUGGAGCCGUUGGCGCUAGGCAGAGCGCACCUCGCCGAAGCGCUCGCGCUGUAUGAAGAAGCCCUCAGACUGCAGAGAAUGUGCCGCGAGCUGCGCGGCAAGGAGGCUUUGUGCCGCGCGGUGCAGACGCAGCGCGAGCGGGCGGCGCGCGCGCGCGGCCUGCGCGCCGACGAGCCCGACUUCGCGGACCUCGUGGACGCGCCCGCCAUCUUGCCAUCAUCAAAGUUCCAACUGGCAUUAACGCCGCCGGAUUUCGCGCAGCAUCGCGUAGAGGACCUCUUCAAAUCCCUUGGUCCUAUAGCGGUAUUCUCAGCGAAACGUCACUGGAGCGCUCCCCGUCUCAUCCAACUGCAAAAGAACACGGAAAAAAGAAGAGAAGCGCGCCGCGAUAUGAGAAACGGCAGAGAGAACGAGGAAAGUUUCGGGUUCUCCGUUAGAGGCGACGCGCCUGUUGUGAUAGCUGCGGUUGAACCGAAUUCUUUAGCUGAGAUUGGUGGGAUGAGGGAAGGCGACUUCAUUAUAUCGAUAGGAGAUAAGGACGUAAAAUGGAGUUCACACGAGGAAGUCGUGAGUCUCAUACAGGAGGCGGGAGACUCGCUCACACUGCGUCUUGCAACGCCGAUGGACAAAAGUUGCGUCAAGGGUUGCGGGGUGAAUGGGGGCGGGGACGGCGGUGCGGGUGCGGGCGGGGGCGCGGGCGCGGCGGGCUCGGUGUCGGGCGCGUCCAGCGCGUCCAGCGGCUCCACGCACACGGCGCGCUCCCCGCGCCGCGCUCCCUCCUGGAAUCCCUUCCGUCGCGCAACACGCGAUCAUUCUAACACACAAGCACACUCCAACGUCAUCUUCAGAUAG